CGGUAACGCCAUCGUCUCUAGCCAACGCUUCAAGGAGACAACAGAUUUCCAUUAUCCUUUUCCCAAUUUUCAUCGUUUUUCCAGUGUUCGCGUACAAUGUUUCAUUAUCAUUAUUCAUUCGUUACAUUUUCGUUAUAGCGUUAUUAUUAUCUUGUUAAAUAAAAACAUAAAAACUGUUUUUAGUGAAAUAUUCACGUUUUGUAACCACGUCGCCUUCUCCAAGUACGGAUCAACAAGCCGGUGCUACAAAAGACGAAAACCCUAUACUGUCUGUAAUAGGAUAUAUCUAGUCAAGUGACGGAAGGAAGAAAAGAUAUUCAUCCCGGAUACAAAACAUUUCUUGUUAUCGAUAACUCUUAUUAUAAACCUUUUGUAAUAGUGUUUCGAUACUCAGUCGUCAGAAAUUAUUAUCUUAUUGAAUGUAUAUGCUCACGCGCGGAUUGAAAGAUACUGCUUUAGAAAGGCUGCUAAUAGUAGCACGUGGCGUCAAUCCGUCAAAUUUGGUUUGAAACAUAUCGCACUGUUUUUAAUCCAUUCUGUGUAAAAAUGGCGAGUUUAGAGCUCGAACGAGGAAAGUUGGACUCUUCUAUACGCAAUUUGAAGCUCUCAGGUCAUGUAGGUUUUGACAGUCUUCCAGAUCAAUUAGUUAAUAAAUCAGUUCAAAAUGGAUUUGUAUUUAAUAUACUUUGUAUUGGUGAAACUGGUCUAGGUAAAUCGACUCUUAUGGAUUCAUUAUUUAAUACGAGCUUUGAAUCUACUCCAAGUCCACAUAAUCUAGCAUCUGUAAAAUUGAAAGCACAUACCUACGAAUUACAAGAAAGUAAUGUUAAACUUAAACUUACCAUUGUUGAUACAGUUGGAUAUGGGGAUCAAAUUAAUAAGGAAGAUAGCUUUAAAACAGUUGUUGAUUACAUAGAUGCACAAUUUGAAGCUUAUUUGCAAGAAGAAUUGAAAAUCAAACGCUCUUUAUCAACUUAUCAUGAUAGUCGUAUCCAUGUUUGUCUUUAUUUCAUUUGUCCAACAGGUCAUGGGCUUAAGUCAAUUGAUCUUGUAUGUAUGAAAAAGCUGGAUACAAAAGUUAACAUUAUUCCAAUUAUUGCUAAAGCGGAUACAAUAUCAAAAACCGAACUGCAAAAGUUUAAGAGUAAAAUUAUCUCAGAAUUGCAAAAUAAUGGAGUUCAUAUAUAUCAAUUUCCAACAGAUGAUGAGAGUGUAGCUGAUGUGAAUUCUAGUAUGAAUGCACAUGUACCUUUCGCAGUAGUUGGUAGUACUGAUUUUGUACGAGUUGGAAACAAAAUGAUGCGUUCACGUCAAUAUCCUUGGGGUACAGUUCAAGUGGAAAAUGAAUCUCAUUGUGACUUUGUAAAGUUACGUGAAAUGCUCAUUAGGACGAAUAUGGAAGACAUGCGUGAAAAAACCCAUUGUCGUCAUUAUGAAUUGUAUCGUAAGAGAAGAUUAGAGCAGAUGGGAUUCAGUGAUGUUGAUAGUGAUAACAAACCUGUAAGUUUCCAACAAACUUGUGAAGCAAAAAGAUCUAUUCAUUUACAAGAAUUACAACAAAAAGAAGAUGAAAUGAGACAGAUGUUUGUUGCAAGAGUGAAAGAAAAAGAAGCUGAACUUAAAGAAGCUGAAAAAGAGCUCCACAAUAAAUUUGAUAAAUUGAAAAAAGAUCAUACGGAAGAAAAAAAGAAAUUGGAAGAAAGUCGGAAAAAACUUGAAGAUGAUAUUUUAGAGUUUAAUAGGCGCAAGACGCAAUUUGCUCAACAACCACAGCAUCAUACGCUUACAUUAGGGAAAAGUAAGAAAAAGUAAUAUAUCUAAAUGCAAAAAUAUAAUCCUUAUAUAAGGAGAUAUUAACAAAAAUGGAACUAUAAUCGGGAUAAUAAUAUAUUACAGUAUUCAUUUACAAUUUAGAUGCAAUAUUUAUCCAAAGUGUAAAAGAUAUAUAAUCUUUGUAAAAAAAAUAAAAUAGAAAAAACAACCAUUGCACAACAUAAUAUAAAUUUUAUUAUGUCAUUAUUACUGAUAUAAAUAUUUACAUAUAAUGCAUAAAAAUUGACUUAAAAUAAACUCAUUUUGUAACAAUUGUAAUUAUUUUAGUAAUUUUACUUUUAAUUUAUAUUGUACGGUAAUAAAAUAUUUUUAAAUUACCUUUUCUUUCAAAAUGGUUUUUAAAGAAAUAUUUUAAACAAAUUAUUUAUAAAAUUAUUAAUCUGUAGAAGUUUCUGAUUUCUUUAUCUUAGGUUAAGUUCUUGAUAUCUUUAUUUUAUAAGUAUCGUAUAUAUAUUCUUGAAUAGUUUCCCUUCAUUUUUUAAUAGUUUUGUUAACUAUUUAAUAGAUAAUUAUCUAAAUGAAAAAUGUACGUAUAGCUUCAAAGUAAAAAAAAAGUAAGAAAGUAACAUCAGCAAAACAAAAUUGUAUGGCGUAUUUCCGCCAUCUUGAUACACCACUUUUAUAUUACCGUAUAAUGUGUUAUUUCCAACAUUGUUGCUUAUAUUUAGUUUAUGAUUGCACGAUGUAAAAAAUAAUGAAAAGUGAGGGUUGGUUGGAAUAUGAGCUAUGUGGUGGAUUUGAUAUUAAGUUUGCUUCUAAGCAUGAUCUAUUCAUAUAGUAUAUAUUUUAUAUGAUUUAAUAGUUAUGUGUAUUAAAAGAUGUGUGUGUGUAUAUAUGCUAUGUGAAAAAAUUAAUAUUUCAUUAUUUAUAUUAAAAUGACGGCUAUAUUUCAA